UUAUUUUUGUCUUUACAUAUUUCAUGGUGACAUUUCCUGCAGUAAUAGAGGCUGGCUCUGAUGCCAAAUUCUGUGUGAGUCUUAUGAAGCCUAAUGAGACUCUGCAAAUGAACAUUUAUCUGGUUCACAACAAACAAGACAGGACUCUUUUUCACGAGACAGUGGAAAAGGAAUUUCAUCACUGCUCUCAUUUUGUGGCUCCAAAUGUUGAAGGUGAAUCGGUGCAGGAGAUUAAAGUAGAAGUCAAAGGAGAAAGUUUUAUGAUGACAGAGAAAAGGAAAGUGAUGUUUAAAUCUUAUGACACACUGGUAUUUAUUCAGACGGAUAAACCCAUCUACAAUCCAGGACAAACCAUGAAUUUCAGAAUUGUCACUAUGGAUUCUAAUUUUAUUCCCCUUGAACAAAAGUACAGCUCAGUAAUUCUGGAGGAUAGUAAAAGUAACAGGAUUAGUCAGUGGAUGAAUGUGUCCUCAACAGGUCUGAUACUGCAGCUUUCUCAUGAGCUAAAUGCUGAGGCUCCAAAUGGGUAUUAUUAUUUAUCUGCCAAAAUUGGAAAAAGGGUGAUUUCACACAACUUUAAGGUGGAAAAAUAUGUUUUACCCAAGUUUGAGAUUACAGUGAAAACACCAAAAGAGCACAAUGUGGUAGAGGAAGAACUGAAGCUGGAGAUUUGUGGAAAGUACACUUAUGGACAGCCAGUACCUGGGGAAGCACUUGUGCAAGUGUGUUGUGAAUUUAUACAGGCACAGUAUUUGGACAAGGUAUUGAUAUUUUAGCUCUCUGUCAAAGUAAAUUGUUUUUGAAAUUAAAUAAUGAAUAUAAGUUAACACUAGAUUUGUAAAGUUUGUCGCGACGAACUUUGAUGUUGGCUUUGACGGUGCAAGAAUUCGCAAAGGCCGGUGCA